AUGGCGCUGCAGGUGGGCGAGGCCUGGCUGCGGGGGAGCGUGGCGCUGGGCGGCUCCCCAGUCACCUGGGCCCAGGCCCCCCUCGUGGAGGGAACACUGCCCCCAGGGCCAAGCCGGGUGGAAGGCACAGCUGGGUUUGAAGCCUUCUCUGCGGAGGGCCUGGCCCCCGGCUGGAGCCUGCUGGUCCAGGGACACUCCGACUCCCCAGAGGACAAGUUUGAGAUCAACUUCCUGUCCGAGGCCGGGGACAUCGCCUUCCACUUCAAGCCCCGAUUCACCAGCCAGACCCUGGUGGGCAACGCCUUCCAGGGUGGCUGCUGGGGCCCGGAGGAGGUGUCCAGCGUCUUCCCACUGGCGCUGGGGGAGCCCUUUGAGAUAGAGGUCAGCUCGGAUGCGCAGCACUUCCACGUCCACACCCAGGAGCUCCUAGUGCUGCAGUUCGCCCACCGCCACAGGCCACUGGCUGCCAUCACCCGGGUGCAGGUGCUGAGCGACCAACGCCUGGCGCAGGUGGAGCUGGCCAGGCGGGGCCUGAGCUGGGGGUCUGAGGGCCAGGCCUCCAAGGCCAAGGCGGCCGUCUUCCUCCCAGCCAUCGUCUGA